AUGGCUUCUAUCGCUGAACCACAAAUUAUUCGUGAGCUAAUUGAAAAAUUACCAAGUGAUAAAAUAGACAAUUCAAUGGGGUUGAACAUUUUUAAUUAUACUCAAGAUAAAAAAAUUAAAAAGGUUAAGGGAUGUACAAUGAAGAGAGCUCUCUUUGAAAAUAUUGAAUUUGAAGAUUGGACGUUAGCAACAUCAAAUAUGCAUAAAAAUCAAUCCAUCUUUGUUGCAAUAUCAUGUGUAACUGAAUCCGAUAUGACAGUUAAACAAAAAAGUAAGAAUACCGGGAAUGGAAAAACAGUUAUUUUUAAAAUUGAAAAUUUAGAACUUAAUAUUGCUCAAGAUAAUAAUCUAUUCGAACAUAACGAGGAAAAUUUUCAAGUUAAUAACUCAGAACUCAAGGAAAUUAUUAUUAAAGAUAAAGAGGAAAUUAUUAUUUCCGAAUAUAAAAAGGAAAAUUUCGGUGGAAUUGUUUUUCUUGUGGAUGAUGAAACCGGUUCUGAUGUAAACGAUUCUAAUGAAAAAAACACGAAAAACAAGUCUGGUGAAAACGAUUCCGAUAAACAUAAACCUGUAUGCUUUAUCUUUAAUGCAAGCGGAAUCUAUAGACUUGAAUGUACGUUCAAUAAUAAAAGUUCAAAGAAUUUUAAGCAAUUUAAUUAUCCAAAAAUAAUUAUGAACGAAUUAAAAAAUUUAACCGAUUCCGAAUCUCGUAUCAACAGUAUUAAAAACUGUAUUUUUGACAAUUAUUUUCAUGUUGAGCAAUAUAAAGAAGGUAUUCAAGUUAUGGAAUUAUACGAUCUAAGAACCAUGCAAAUACAACAAAUUUUUAAAAUAUAUGAAGGGAGAAAAUAUCCAUUUAAAUAUAGCGAUUCGGCAUUAGCUAUUUCAAAUAAUAAGCAAAUGAUUGCUUUUUCUUCUGGAUAUGGAACAAUAGCUCUUUGUUUAAUAGAAAAUGGUCUGGUAAUUCUUCAUAAACAUUUUGGAAAAGACAAAGUAAUUGCUUGCAAAUUUAAGGGUGAUAACAAAUUAAUGAUAUUAAUUAGAAGAGCCAAUCACGAGAAUCCAAUGAUGUAUAUUUGGCAUUUAUAUACAAAUAAAAUUAAAAAAUGUAGUGAACGUUUCCCGGAAAAAGGAAAAGAAAUCUCGGUAGAAGAUAAAGAAAAAGUUUUAUAUAGUGCAAAGGUUCCUGAUAAAUAUGUAAUUGUUGAUGAAAAUGGUGUUGUAAAUUCAGUAUAUGAUAAUUUCGAAGAAAAAGAUAAAGAAAAGUCUUCAUUAGAAUUAAUAUUAUACAAAGAUCGUAAAGAUCGUAAAAAUUUAGCAUAUGAAAACAAAAACCUUUCAAAAGAAGAAGCGCAAGGCAUUAUAUCAUAUGAAAACAAAAUCCUUUCAAAAGAAGAAGUGAAAAACCUUUCAAAAGAAGAAGUGCAACGCAUGAUAAAUAAUAGAGAAACAUGGAAAAAUAAUGAUAAAAUACUAGUAUAUGAAAACAAACACCUUUCAAAAGAUGAAGUGCAACUUCAAGUAUGGCGUAAAGAUAAGCAAAAAAAAAUGUUUGUUCUUGAAUAUAUUUGGGCUCAUGAUAUUAAAGACGAUAAAAUGUUAGAUAUAGAAGAUUUAAUAGUUUAUGAAGAUAAAAUUGGAUUUUCUCUUAAAUUAGAAAAUAUUCAUCUUAAAUGGGUAUAUAAUGAUUAUAAUUGUCAUAAGGAUUUAAUGGUGUAUGCAUGCUAUGCUCUUGAAUAUUUAAAGCAAAGAAAUAAAAUAUCCGGAUAUAAAAACCAGCUUGCAUUUGAAGAAAUUAAGGACAAUGUUUCUGAUAUGAUUGAGAGAUUUAUUAGAAAUUCUCCUGACAUUUGGAAAAUAAUAGAUAUUCACUAUGAUCUUAUGGAAAGAAUUAUAAAUGAUGGCUCAAUUACUCUCAUUAAAUAUAUUUUAUUUGGUGAUGAUGAUAAUGUAAAUCAUGAACGUUUACAUAUACCAAGAAUAAACCGAUGGAAUAAAUCUAAAAAUAAUUCGGAUAUUCUGGAACAUUCUACAAAUAAUACAAAUAAAAAUGAUUUGCAAAUAGCUAUUGAAUUGUGUAAAAAAGAUCAUCAAUGUAACCGUAGAAUUUUGUUGGUAACUUAUUUACUUGAAUAUUAUUCACAAAAUGCAACUAAACAUCAUGGAUGGUUAAUUGCUAUUUCAAAAGCAUUACCAGACUUAUAUGAAAAUGAUUUAGAAUUUUGUAUACCAAAAUUAUUUUAUAAAAAUUGCAUGGAAGGUAUAAAAAUAUCAAAUAUUCCUGUACACAAAGAGAUUCUUAUAAGAUUUGCAAAAGAUAAGUUCGUAGCAUUCAAUCCAAUUUUCUUGGAACCUAUUUCGAAAAGUGGUUGGCAAUUUAAUUUUAAAGCUUUAAAAAAGGGUUUGAAGUACAUAGAGCUCGUAUUAAAAAAAAAGAUUUACGUAAUUCUUCUUUCAAAAGAUUAUAAAGAUCCUACAAAAGAUCCUAAAGAUCAAAAAAAAGAUCUUGAAAAAUAUCCUUCACCUGUAAAAAUAGUUCCUUUAUGUGAUUUUACUAAAUAUACUGUUAAUAUACCUAAACAUACCUACAAAGACGAAUUUAUUUUCAAACUUUUGAGAUUAUUGUUUUUCCCUCGAGCUUAUCUUAGCCCCGAAACUUUCACUUGUACUCAAUGUAAACAAAAAAAAACCCCUUCGGAGGCGGUAGAGCACAAUGGAACUAAAUAUUGUAGCACCGAGUGCCGUGAUAAUUUCACUUGUCCUCAAUGUAAUCAAAAAAAACCCACUUCGGAGGCGGUAGAGCACAAUGGAACUAACUAUUGUAGCGCCGAGUGCCAGCAAAAAUAUAGUCCUAAUGUUUCAACUUUCACUUGUCCUCAAUGUGAACAAGAAAAACUCAAUUCGAAGCCGGAAAAGCACUAUGGAACUAAAUAUUGUAGCACCGCGUGCUGUGAUAAAGCCCAGCAACAUUAUACUCCUAGUCCAUUUGUACAAAUAAUUAAUAAUGAAAGCGAUGAUGAUAUCUUUAAGAACCCUGUAAUGGAAGCUUUUAGACAUCGUGGUUGGAAAAAUUACUUCGAUCUUUUUAAUUGUUUUGAUUUAGCAUCAAUUAUUGUGGCAGUAGUUGUAAUGUCAGUUCAUGUCGCUCCUUCAUUUGACACUAAAAACGCAUUUGCUAAUGUUGUGACAACUCAAGAAAUAACCAUCGCGAUUUCUUUUACGAUGUUAUUACUGUGGUUUGAAUUUAUUUUAUAUCUUCGGUUAAUCGGAGAACCAGCGAAAUAUAUCUAUAUUAUGCUAAGUAUUAUUAGCGAGAUUUGGAUGUUUCUUGCUUUUUUGAUUAUUGUGAUCGUAGGAUUGGCACAUAGUUUUUUACUAUUAUUACAGUAUCCUGAUUUUACAAAUCUUGAAGAAAUUAAAACACCAUCUACAUUAUUUACGGAUGAUUCAAACUUCAAAAUACAAAGUGAUUUUGAUCGAACCGAAGAUAACCCAGCUAAAAAUUUCUUUAGAUCAUUUCUUUCAACAUAUGAUUGGUUAAAUGGUAACAAAUCACAAGAUAAAGCAUGGAAUUUAUGGGCGGUAAAGGUUAUUACUUUCUUUGGUAGUUUUUUUUUAGUAACCAUUUUGCAAAAUAUGUUUGUUGGUUUUAUGAGUGGUGUGUAUUCUGAUGCUCAAAAGAAAGGUCGUGUUAAUUAUUUACGAUAUUGUGCAGGCUUAAUUGCUGAUUAUGAGGCAUUAGAUAAGAUAAAUUUCAAUCCCUCGUCACCAGAACCAGAAUAUAUUUAUUAUAUAGGUGAAUCAAAAAGUCAUGACGAAUGGAAUGUUAAAAAAUGUAUGAAAAGUAACAAUGGUAACUUAUAUGAUGAUUAUGAAGAGAAAGUAAGUUUACCAUGUGAUGAUGAAGAUAAUCAUUGUUCCAGCGAUGAUUAUUCCGGCGAUGAUGAUAUUUCUGAAGGUGAAGGGAAGAAAGAAACUACUGUUAAAGAUCUUAAUAAGAUGAUCGAUAAUAUUGAUAAUAAGGUUGAUAAAUUACUUACAAUUAAUAAUUAG